AUGUCCAAUCUCACCAAAAUCACCGACAAUUUCGCUGUCGCCUCUGCCCGAAGGGUUUUAAUCGGACUGAUUUACUUCAACGGCAUGAGUCGGCUCAUGCUCGAGCCCUGGAUAGACCCUACGGCCCGAGACGACUUGAUCGUGCUUCACAGGCCUGCAUGGCUUGUGUACGAGCGAAAGCGAAAUGCAGUGACUUGA